GGCCAAUGUCACCUCUGCCAGCUUCACAUGCGAGGUCCACAAGAUGGCUGCGACGGUUCGGAAGUUCGAUUUGAGCUUAUCCUGCGACCGCGAGCCUUAUCUUUUAUCGUCAUGUUUUUCCACGCCUCAUUUCUUGGCUACAUAUAUUCCAGCUUAGCAAUCCUUGUAAUCUUCCAGAACAGCAUUAUUGACAGCGGUCUGGAAGAAUUGACAUCUUGGCUCCUGCCUCGUUUGAUUAUCAUGAUGUUAUUCACAGUCGCAUUGGCGCCAUGGGUAAGCAAGCAAUGGCAAGAGUUGUCAAGCAACGCCAUGCUACAUUGUUACCCCUCUUCUACAACAUCAAGCAUCUCUUACUUGGCGACAAGAGACCCAACGAACAGCCAAUCAUUACCAUACUCUCUAUCUGCAAAGUGCCUGUACCUGGAACAGGCACAACCUAUGACACUGCACCUUGCACAGGGGAACAUAUUGUGCCUCAUUCGGAAUGCCUCGUGGUGGGGUACUUCCAUAGCUAUGGAAACUUGGGCUUGUCAUAGGCAUGCAAAAUUCUGAGAACCAGAGAUGGGUAUAAAGAUACCAUGCUAUCCUCGCUCACAAAUCCUGUCUCGCAUCCUUCCCGAAGUUUAAUCUGAUCGACCAGUUCAUGAUGAAGUCAAUUCAGACACUAGUUGCUUUUGGCGCAUUGGCAUCUACUGCCCUUGCAGCACUACCUUUGGUGGAGUCUAACAAACUCCGCAGAGUAUUGCUUCGAUCGGAGCUCGUGAAGAAAUCCGAAACCUUACUCUCCUUCGCAGAUGACAAUACUCGUCGAGCAGCAACUUCGGGCCACAACAAGACUGUUGACUGGAUUGUGGACACUCUCUCCGCAUACCCAGACUACUAUGAUGUUGAGGUUCAACCUUUCACCAUGCCCGGUGGAAAGGCUGUCUUCUCCGCCAAUGGUCAAACACUGCUUGCAGACUACAUGAUCUACAGCCCUGAAGGAUCAGUUUCGGCCCCGAUGGUUCUCGUGAACAACCUUGGAUGCGAUGCCGCAGAUUUUCCAGCAGCAGUCGCUGGUUCAAUUGCUUUCAUCAAGCGAGGAACCUGUCCUUUUGGCUCAAAGGUAGCUCUUGCUGGGUCAGCAGGUGCGGUUGGCACGAUAAUCUACAACAAUGUGGUCGUAAGACUCGCAGACCGUACUCUUGAGCCCCAAGAAACCCAUCCAGAAGGGCCCUUCCAACCCGCAGCCGGUGUGUCUGAUACUGUCGGAGCCACGCUACUGAGCUUGCUCGGUGCUGGACCAGUCACUGCUUCUCUCUCAAUUGACUUGUCUGAUGUCACGAGCUAUAAUGUCAUUGCACAGACCAAGGGAGGUGACCAAAACAAUGUUCUACAUGUUGGUGGUCACUCUGACUCUGUUAUUGAUGGACCUGGUAUCAACGACAAUGGCUCAGGAUCAAUCGCCCUUCUUGAGAUCGCGAUCCAACUCACCAAAUAUAGCGUAAACAACGCCAUUCGCUUCUCAUGGUGGUCCGGAGAAGAACAAGGCGAGAUCGGCUCAUACUACUACGUCGAUUCCUUGUCCCCUGAGGAGCUCGCAAAAAUUCGGCUCUAUUUGAAUUUCGAUAUGAUUGCUUCGCCCAAUUAUUACUACGCCAUUUAUGAUGGUGAUGGAAGUUCAUUUGGGACCGCUGGUGCACCAGGUUCUGCCCAGGCCGAGAAACUUUUCGAAGACUUCUUCCAAUACGAAGAGCACCUCCCAUUUGCAUCCACGGCAUUCGAUGGCCGUUCCGACUACGGGCCCUUCCUCGAAGUUGGUGUCCCCUGCGGUGGACUCUUCACCGGAGCCGAGCAGCUCAAGACUGAAGAAGAAGCCGCUCUCUUUGGAGGUACUGCUGGCGUUGCGUAUGAUGUCAACUACCACAGUGCGAAGGAUGAUGUUAAAAACCUGAAUAUUGGUGCGUUCUUGCAUAAUGCGAAGGCCAUUGCACAUUCUGUUGCGACAUAUGGUAUUUCUUGGGAGGGUAAGUACGGGGUGCCUGCUAGAACGAAGAGGGAUAUCAUCACUCGGAAGCAGAUUGUGUCAAGAAAAUCGAGUGAGAGGUUUACUUUCUAAGUGUUGGAUCAUGGUACGACCUUGCAGAAUGGCAACAAAUAGCAGACAAAGCAGGACUGGAGUGAAUGUGGCGGAAUAUCAUUCACAGUUUUGCCUUGAU